UCAGAGUCGAGCUCGCCUGCUGGCCUAGCCACCACUUGCUCAUCAUGUCCAACGCCGAGGAUCUGCUGCGGGAUUUCGAAGACGACGAUGAGGAUGAUCUCCAGAUGGGAGAUGGCCUCGAAGAGGAGGAGGAGGCAGUGGAUGAGGAGCAGCUGGCGCAGGAGGCACCCGAGGUCACCAAUGAAUUCGACGUUGCUCUGUCAACCGCCGAUGAACUGACCCGACUACACAAAGUGCUGCGCGACCAUUACUCGAUCCGAUUCCCCGAGCUCGAAACGCUGGUGACCAACCAUCUCGACUACGCGAAGACGGUCGCGAUCCUGAAAAAUGGCCCCCUCAACGACAUCAAAGCGCUGUCGACUUCGUCGGCCAACAUGGUGGGCGUGCCGCUGAGAUCCAUCCUGGAUGGCCCGUCCCUGAUGGUGGUGGCCGUGGAGGGUACAACUACUAGGGGAAGAGAGAUGACCGAGUCCGAGUUGAAGGCGGUUCUGGAUACAUGCGAACGGAUUUUGAAGCUGGACCGCGAACGGACCGCGCUUACGGAGAGCAUCCAGUCGCGGAUGAGCCAGAUCGCUCCCAACCUGGCGGCGCUGAUCGGACCCGAGACAGCGGCGCAGUUUCUGAACCAGACGGGAGGGCUACGCGAGCUGGCCAAGAUCCCCGCGUGCAACCUGGCUGCACAGGGCUCGAAGAGGUCGGAGGGACUUGGAUUCGCUACGAAUAUUGGGAUUCGGUCCCAGGGGUUUCUCUACAAUGCGCCUAUCAUUCAGGACGUCCCGAAUGAUCUGAAGCGCCAGGCGAUUCGAAUCGUCUCCGCCAAGAUGGUCCUGGCUACGCGAUCGGAUGUCUCCAACUACGCCCCCGAUGGUUCGCUCGGCGAGGAGCUGAAGCAGCAGUGUUUCCAGCGACUAGAGAAGCUCACGGAACCCCCGCCGAACUCGGGCGUCAAGGCGCUCCCCGCCCCGGAUGACAAGCCAUCCCGCAAGCGCGGUGGACGACGGGCGAGAAAGGCCAAGGAAGCGGUUGCCAUGACUGAGCUCCGCAAGGCCCAGAACCGGGUUGCGUUUGGCAAGGAGGAAGCGGAAGUCGGAUAUGGCACCGGAGAAGGAACCGUGGGGCUGGGCAUGCUUGGCCAGCAGAAUGACGGGCGCAUUCGGGCGACCCAGAUCGACCAGCGAACCCGGGCGAAACUCAGCAAGAACAACAAAGGCUGGGGCAACGCGACUCCCGUCGGUGGUACUUCUACUUCUCUCCGCGCGUUCGGCUCAGGUGCCAGUGGUACGGCCAGCGUGCUGCAAUCGAAAGGCCUGCGGACUUCGGGUAUCGGCACUUCCCUGGGAGGGUCGGGUACGGCCAGUACCAUCGCCUUCACGCCGGUGCAGGGACUGGAGCUCGUUGACCCCAAGGUGCAGGCGGAGAUGAGUCGGAAGCGCAAGGCGGAGGAAGACCGAUGGUUCAAGUCCGGCACCUUCACCCAAUUCGGCGGCCAGGGCAGCAGCACCGGGGAGAGUGGUGGUGGAGCUGGAGGCUUUAAGGUUCCGGCCUUGCCCUCGAAGAAAAAGGUUGAUACAGGCGAGGGCAAGAUGGCACCGCCACCGCCGCCGCUCAAGCGGUGACGGACUCGCGUCGUCAAUUUCCGGGGUUUUCUGUGGCUACAAGCAUUAAAAAGGCGUUACAAUAGGAUUG